AUGGCCUGGCUUCUAAUCUGUUGGCACAUCACAAUAUUGCUUAUUAUCCUGGGAAUGGGACAUGCCGCUGAGAAGGAGAGCAGCAUGCUGGGAGCUACAGCCAAAGGUACUGUCAUCCUCGGAGGAAUCUUUGCCGUUCACGAAGAUGUAGAAAAAGAAAACAGAACCUUUGCACCACACCUCCAUCCAUGCAUCAGGUUGGAAGCAAGAGGUCUGGUGAGGAUGCUGGCUAUGAUCAACGCUGUGGAGAAGGUGAACAGAUCCCCGCUGCUGGCUGAUGUGAACGUCACCCUGGGUUACCACAUCCUGGACUCCUGCGCUGAUGUCAGCACCGCUCUGAGAGCCACGGCACACUUCAUCGAGCGGAGCCACUGCCCCGGGACCACCAGCUGUGGCCCCCCCGUCCUGGCUGUUGUGGGGGCCUCUAACUCUGAAGGAUCCAUCGCCAUCGCCAGGCAACUGACCCUCGAGAUGAUCCCUCAGAUCAGUUAUUCAUCCACUGCUGUCACUCUGAGUGAUAAGAGGCGAUUCCCUGCCUUCAUGAGGACCAUUCCUAAUGACAGGCACCAGACCGCUGCCAUGGUCAGUCUGCUCAGCACCUACGGCUGGACCUGGGUGGGGGUAGUAAUCACUGAUGGGAAUUACGGCCAAUCAGCUCUUGAGAACUUUGUGUCCCAGGCUUCCAAAAAUGGGAUCUGUGUGGCCUUCAAAUCCAUCAUACCUCAGGCAGUGGGCAGUCAGGACGUCCGGUCUGCUAUCACUCAGACUGCCAGGACCAUCUUUGAGAAUCCUGAGGCUCAGGUGAUCGUGUCAUUUGCUAAGCCCACUCUCAUGGUGUACCUCUACCAGGAGCUUAAGAACCAGAUGCUGAGAGGAGGACGGGACAGGGAAUCCAUGAGAAGAGUCUGGGUGGCCAGUGACAGCUGGUCCUCCUCCAGCUCCGUGAAGGAAAACAUACAUCUGGAGGACAUGGGACAUGUUCUGGGCUUCACCUUCAAAAGUGGAGACCUAUCGUCGUUCAAUGAGUACCUGAGCAGACUGGAGGCAGCUGGACAUGACGAUACAGGGGAUAACGUCUUCCUGCAGGAGUUCUACACGCAGCUGAAUGCUAGUGAAGGUUAUGGAGACACUGAGCUGGUGUCUAAGGCUGUGGAAACCCUCAGAGAACACACUCAUGCCAGCACUAUCUUCAGUGUGGAGAUGGCUGUGAGCGCCAUCGCUCAAGCCCUGGUCUCAGUCUGCAGGAACAGAGACUGCAGAACCCCCGGCACAGUGCAGCCCUGGGAGUUGCUGAAAGCUAUGUGGAUGGAGGAGUUUAAACUGAGAGACAAGAGCUUUAAGUUUGACAGCAGCGGAGACAUCAACCUGGGCUACGACGUGACCAUGUGGAGGUCAGACGGAGAGAACAUCCACGUCCAGAAUGUCGUGGCUGAGUAUCACCCGCACAACAACAGCUUCACCCACAGCAACCACAGCACCACCCAACAGCUCAAUGCUCUGAAGCACAUCAUCUCCAAAUGCUCCAAAAGCUGUGUCCCUGGGGAGUCAAAGAAAACCACCAAGGGUCCACACACCUGCUGUUACGAGUGUGCCAUCUGUUCUGCAAACUACUACUCUAAUGACACAGACAUGGCCCAGUGUCUGAGCUGUGACCCAGUCACAGAAUGGUCUCCUGAGGGCACCUCCAGCUGCCUCCCUAAGGACCGGCUCUUCUUCUCCUGGCAGGACCCCUUCGCCAUGGUUCUCCUGACCUUCUCUGCCCUGGGCGUCAUCCAGAAUCUGCUGGUGUCCGCUCUGUUUCUACAACAGCAGGACACUCCUGUAGUGAAGGCUGCCGGAGGGCCACUGAGCCAGGUUAUCCUGUUCUCUCUCGUCAUCAGUAACAUCAGUGCCAUGCUGUUUGUCGGCCGGCCCAACAGUCUCCAGUGUAAGGCUCGACAGGUGCUGUUUGGCGUCAGCUUCACUCUGUGUGUGUCCUGCAUCCUGGUGAAGACGCUGCACAUCCUGCUCGCCUUCCAGUUCAACCCCGAGCUGCAUGAGGUUCUGCGGGGGCUGUACAAGCCGUACAUCAUCGUCGCCAUCUGUGUGAGCUUACAAGCAGUUACCUGCAUCUGCUGGCUGGUCCUCAAAAGCCCAUAUAACCACAUCGUCAAUAAUCCAACCACUCUGCUGGAGGCCUGUCACGAGGGCUCGUAUUUGGCCUUCGGGGUGAUGUUGGGCUACAUAGCUGUCCUGGCGUUCGUGUGUUUCAUCUGCGCCUUCAAAGGUCGCAAACUGCCACACCUGUACAACGAGGCCAAGUUCAUCACCUUCAGCAUGCUGCUCUACCUCAUCUCCUGGCUGCUCUUCGUUCCCGUCUACAUCACCACUUCAGGAGUCUACCUGCCGGCUGUGGAGAUGGUGGUCAUCCUCAUCUCCAACUAUGGCAUCCUCUGCUGUCAUUUCUUCCCAAAGUGCUACAUAAUUCUUUUUAAGAAGGAACAGAACACGAAUACUGCUUUUAGGAAGAAACUAUAUGAGUACUCCAAUAAAACCACAGAUGUUGUCUCUGUGUCUGUGGUGACAAACUGCAGAGAAGGGGUUACUUGCCCAAGUCUGCACAGAGGGUCAAUCACACGACACUGCCGCGAAAGAAGCAACAGCAUAUAA